UUGUAUGCCUUUAAGAAACCUUUCUUACACAUCCUCCAAUACCAAUCCCCAAUUAUCAUUUUGUCUCUUCCCCACAUUCCCUUUAUGUCUUGUCCAUACUUUGAACUUUUCAGAAAAAGUGAGGCAGUCCAAGCUCUCCCCAAGCCUAGUUUAGCUCUGAACUGUGUCAGUGGUCGCAGUGGGACAGAGAUCUUGCAGCAGCUGUCACCCCAAGGUGUUAUGGUCACUUAUGGUGGAAUGUCAAGAAAGCCUGUUACUGUUCCCGUUGGUUCCCUGAUCUUCUCAGAUGUGACUCUGAAGGGAUUUUGGAUGACCCGCUGGAAUAAGGCCCAUUUUAGUCACCCAGAACGAGAGCUAAUGUUAGGUGAACUUUUUGACUUGGUGAAGCAGGGUAAGCUGUGUCCACCUGAUCAUGCAAUGGUCCCCUUUCAGGAUUAUAUAACUGCUUUAAAAGAUGCUAUGCCAAGUGAUGGUAUGGUUGGUAAAAAACAAAUACUGGUCUUUCCUUAGAUAUGAACAAUCAGUUUUGCUGUGCAAGGGAGUAAAAGAAAUAUUGACAGUUCUAAACCAGUAUACUGAAUGGGUUAUCUAUUUGAAUAUAUGCUAUGUAUGGUUGAAUACAUUGAGUGAGGGUUAGCUGCUAAUAUCCUCAUGAUGUACAUAAAGUUCUGGAAGCAACA